AUAGGAGGGGCAGGGCGGUGGAGCCCCGGUGGCUAGGGCAGGAAGGAGGUGGGAAGUCCACGGAAACGCGAAACCGGGAGACGCCAGGGAGCCCUGCUCCCCACCCCUCUCCAUUAAUGACGGGGAAGAGCCACCGCCUCUGCCGGGAAUGCCAAGGAAUACACGGGCCUGGAGCCUGAAAAGCUGGGUGGGGCUCAAGUGGACGCCCAAAGGAUCAUUAGCAGCCUAGCCAGGGUCCAGAGAGAGGAAGCGACCGGUGGAUGCAGAUCCAACUGCCUAGCCCUGCCGCGGGAUCCCCCCAACCCCGACCCCUGACAGGGUCUCAGUCCCGAACUACAACUCCCGGGGUGCACCGCGCCGGCCCUCGCCGCCACGCCCCUCCAUCCCGCACCAUCCCCAUUCCCAUCCCCCUCUAGUCCCCGACCUGCGGCAGCCGGAGCUCAGGGAGCGGAGCGUGGUGGGGAGGCGAGCGGGACAAGCGACACAGGAGACAGCGGCGCCGCGGCCUCUCCCCACCAGGCGGCCCCGGAUCCCACUGGACACCCUGAGGGCACACUGACCCCUCCCCUCUUCUCUAGACUUCUUUCCAUCCUUCCCACUUUUACCCUCCCCAUCCCUCCCUGGGCUCUGAGCCGCCGCCCCCUCCUCACUCCUGGACUGGCCCUUCUCGGUGCCCCUGUUUCCUAGGGAGAUGCGAUGAGCCGGUGCCCCCGCGUCCUCAUCGUCGCCCCGGGCACGGUGCCCAUCCAGUGCCCGUGGUGGGGAGGGAGCACUCCGCGGUCCCUCCGUGACGCCCCUCCCUUGGCUUCCCCCACAGCUGGCGUCCCUCGGCCAUGCCCCAGGGGACCCAGCCAGGGGGUGGGCUGUAGAGCGAGGGAGGUGGAGAGGAGAAAGGACGGGGCCUUGGGCACCUCUGAGAUGCUCCCAAGUGCCAGGGAGGGCCGAGCGAGGCGCAGGCAACCGGGCAGCAGGCAUGAUGCCCUCGCCUAGUGACUCCAGCCGCUCGCUGACCAGCCGGCCCAGCACCAGGGGCCUUACCCACCUCCGCCUCCACCGACCCUGGCUGCAGGCCCUGCUUACGCUGGGGCUGGUCCAGGUGCUCCUGGGCAUCCUGGUGGUCACCUUCAGCAUGGUGGCCUCUUCCGUCACCACCACUGAGAGCAUCAAGAGGUCCUGCCCGUCUUGGGCUGGGUUCUCGCUGGCGUUCUCCGGGGUGGUUGGCAUUGUGUCCUGGAAGCGGCCAUUCACUCUAGUGAUCUCCUUCUUCUCCUUGCUUUCGGUGCUCUGUGUCAUGCUUAGCAUGGCUGGCUCUGUACUGUCCUGUAAGAAUGCUCAACUGGCCCGAGACUUCCAACAGUGCUCUCUGGAAGGAAAGGUCUGUGUGUGCUGUCCCUCUGUUCCCCUCCUCCGGCCCUGUCCAGAGUCGGGGCAGGAACUGAAAGUUGCCCCUAACUCCACCUGUGAUGAAGCCCGAGGGGCCCUCAAGAACCUGCUCUUCAGCGUCUGUGGGCUCACCAUUUGUGCCGCUAUAAUCUGUACCCUCUCUGCUAUUGUCUGCUGCAUCCAAAUCUUCUCCCUGGACCUCGUGCAUACGCAGCUGGCCCCUGAGCGGUCAGUCUCAGGCCCACUGGGACCUCUGGGCUGCACGUCUCCACCCCCAGCCCCUCUCCUACACACCAUGCUGGACCUGGAGGAAUUUGUCCCGCCUGUGCCUCCACCACCCUACUAUCCCCCAGAGUACACUUGCAGCUCAGAAACAGAUGCACAGAGCAUCACGUAUAAUGGCUCCAUGGACAGCCCAGUGCCCUUGUACCCUACCGACUGCCCCCCUUCUUAUGAGGCAGUCAUGGGGCUACGAGGAGACAGCCAGGCCACUCUCUUUGACCCUCAGCUUCACGAUGGCUCCUGCAUCUGUGAGCGAGUGGCCUCCAUUGUAGACGUGUCCAUGGACAGCGGGUCUCUGGUGCUGUCAGCCAUUGGUGACCUCCCUGGGGGCUCUAGCCCGUCGGAGGACUCGUGCCUGCUGGAGCUGCAGGGCUCCGUGCGCUCCGUGGACUACGUGCUCUUCCGCUCCAUCCAGCGCAGCCGUGCCGGCUACUGCCUCAGCCUGGACUGUGGCCUGCGGGGCCCCUUCGAGGAAAGCCCCCUGCCACGGCGCCCCCCACGGGCCGCCCGCUCCUAUUCCUGCUCUGCCCCUGAAGCUCCACCCCCACUGGGUGCCCCCACAGCUGCCCGCAGCUGCCACCGGUUGGAGGGCUGGCCGCCCUGGGUGGGACCCUGCUUCCCCGAGCUGAGGCGGCGGGUCCCCCGGGGAGGGGGCCGCCCAGCCGCAGCUCCGCCCACCCGAGCCCCUACUCGUCGCUUUAGCGAUAGCUCAGGUUCCCUCACCCCCCCGGGGCACCGGCCUCCUCAUCCGGCAUCCCCACCACCGCUGCUGCUGCCUCGGUCCCACAGCGACCCAGGCAUCACCACCUCCAAUGACACUGCUGACUUCAGGGACCUUUAUACCAAAGUGCUUGAGGAAGAAGCUGCUUCUGUUUCCUCUGCAGAUACAGGGCUCUGCUCUGAAGCCUGCCUCUUCCGCCUGGCCCGCUGCCCUUCCCCCAAGUUGCUACGUGCCCGGUCAGCUGAGAAACGGCGCCCUGUGCCCACCUUCCAAAAAGUUCCCCUGCCCUCAGGCCCUGCACCUGCCCACUCCCUGGGGGACCUAAAGAGCAGCUGGCCAGGUCGGGGCCUGGUCACUCGUUUCCUCCAGAUAUCCAGGAAAGCCCCAGACCCCAGUGGGACUGGAGCUCAUGGACAUAAGCAGAUGCCCCGGAGCCUGUGGGGCCGGCCUGGCCGAGAGAGCCUCCACCUUCGCAGCUGCGGAGAUCUGAGCUCUGGCUCUUCCCUGCGGCGUCUCCUGUCUGGCCGCAGGCUGGAGCGUGGUACCCGCCCCCACAGCCUCAGCCUCAACGGGGGCAGCCGGGAGACUGGGCUCUGACCUGGGCUUCUUGUCACACUGAACACAUCCAGAUGAAUGCUGGGGCCACAGGCACCAGCUGGUUGGGACCAGCAGCCCCCAGCAUCCUCUUGCACUGGCUGGCACAAAAAGAAACCUGCUGUAUACCUCCCGAAGUGUCCCUUUCCUUCCUACCUCUGGGGUCUCUUGCUGCUUGCCUCUGCUGCUCUGGACUGGGAGAGCUUUUGUCCUGUGCUGCAUGGGUAUUUAGGCUGUGGGGGAGAUGCCCCUGCUUAUAGCACUGGAGGAGGAAAACAAAUUCUUGUUCCCCCAGCAUGAGAGUGGCUCCUUCUCAUUUGCAAGGGCACUAUGGUCAGGGCAAAGGCAUGGCCCAGGUGUUUAAGUACAGGGGGACGUGUGCCUAUGCAAUGGGGUGGUAAGGCAGGCACAAAGAGUCCAAAAAAUCUAGGUGGCCUCUCAGCUCUGCCACCUCUAGCUGCAUGACCUUGGGCAAGCUAUGUAACCCCAAUUUCCUGAUCCAUUAAAGAUUGUGAAGGUAGAAUGUUUGUAAAGCUCUGAACAGUAUGUGAGCCUUCAAUAAAUUUCAAUUUUCCCCUUCUUUUCUUGAUCA